AUGAAAGGUACCAUCUGGCCUGCCAUUGUGGCAUCUGUUGCUAGCCUCGUGCAGGCUGCGCCGGUCGAGGUUGACGCUGAUAUCAUCCCCAACCAGUUCAUCGUCCAGCUGAGGCCUGGGAUCCCUGCAUCCGCUAUCCUCGAGCACCACCAGGCCGUUCGGGAGCUCCACAGCCGCGGUCUGUCUCAGCGAGACGGUCUGUUCUCUGGACUCGGGAAGACCUUCUCUGCUGGUGACUUCAACGCCUACGCGGGUGCUUUCGACAGCGCCACCAUCGCGGAGAUUGCGGCCCUCCCCGAGGUUCUCAAAGUCGAGCCUGACAGAUGGGUACACCCCGCUGCGCUGGUCACGCAGACUGAUGUAGAGUGGCACCUGGGCAGCAUCUCUCACCGGGCGGAGAACUCGACCGAGUAUAUAUACGACGAUUCGGCUGCCGAGGGGAGGUUUGCCUACGUCGUCGACAGCGGCAUCCGAUGGAGCCAUGAGGAGUUCGAGGGGAGGGCCUCGCACGGGUACAACGCCGUGAACGGGUCCGAGAAUGGCGACCAGACGGGCCAUGGAACCCACGUGGCGAGCAUCUUGGCUGGCAAGGUGUAUGGUGUGGCCAAGAAGGCGACCGUGAUUGAUGUCAAGGUGUUUGGGGUGGGCACUUCAACCUCCGCGACGAUUAUUGAUGGUAUUACUUGGGCUGUUAACGAUAUCGUGGCUAAUAACCGUCAACAUUUGUCUGUUAUCAACUUGUCUCUUGGCGGACCCGACCAGGAGGUUCUUGACAAUGCUGUCAAGAACAUAUAUAACUUGGGCAUCCUGCCAGUGUGUGCAGCUGGAAACGAGAAUGUGGAUGUCAGUACCCGUUCUCCAGGUCGGACACCUGAGUGUCUCACCGUUGGCAACGUCGAGUCCAGCUUGAGGAGAAAUAAUGUAGAAGGCGUCCCCUCCGGAUCAAACUACGGAGCAGCAGUGGACAUCUUUGCUCCCGGUACCGACGUUGUGGCGGCUUCUUCUCAAGAUGACACGGCGUCCAAAGCCAACACGGGGACGUCCAUGGCUGCCCCUGCGGUGGCAGGACUCGCCUUGUAUUUCCAGAGGCUGGAGGGCUUGGCCACGCCUGAAGAAGUUACUUCUAGGAUUAUCGAGCUUAGUACCAAGGACGUGGUCAAGGAGGCGAGAGGAAGCCAGAAUCGUCUGGCCUACAACGGAAAUGCUUAG